GUCAUUCACCCUGGCAACGUCACAAACUUCGUGCGAGUAUCACGAAAACACACGCUCAAACAGGCCGGCAGUGUUCUAUUCGUAGUGUUUUACGACCGUCCAAAUUGUGCAAGAACAAAAGUGUCCGGCGAUGUGAUUAAUUGCUUCUAGCUCGCUGCUGGCGCGACGUUCUCAAUCUCCAUAAUACAUGAAGCGAUGCACAAAUCGCCUGUUUAUACUACUUUAAACUUGGGUGUCCCACAAAUGAUUGUCUUUAAAUAGAUACCGAUUCGCCACUGAGGAUUGUUGAUUUUGCAAGAACCAAGAAUUCAUCUGUUUCACCAUUGGGUGGUCCUGGCGAAAGCCUCGCCCCUUGUGGGCUAAUAUUAUGGGAUGUUCUGCUGGUAAGCAUAUGACCACAAGUCCAGAAGUCAGCUCCAGUUCCCACUCAGCAAAAGAGAAUGGUUGCACAGUACAUACACCUGAUGUUCCAAGACACUCUCUUGAAAGCAGUGCACUAAAAAACAGCAGAAAAGAUUCAUCUAAUAGUAUCACCUCAGUCAAAGAGCCUGAUAUUCCAGAACCCAAAAAUGACAGGUCCUCAUUAAUCAAGGAUAAGAAUCAGGAUGUAAUCCCUAGAAGAAAACCUACCCCAAUAAGGACAAAUGACAACCACUGUGCUGCCCCAAAGUCUGUUCCAAUCAGUCAAGUCAGAGUGCAAAUGACAAAGUCUCAACUGGAGUUUUUCAAAAUGCUUGAUCAAAAAAUUGCAGAGGGGCCAGACUAUGUUUCAGAAGCUGAAAGCUGACAUUACAUUGGAAAAUAAGUCUUGAACUAGUAAAUUCCUGAAAAAAAAACAGUUAGAAGUUUACAAACUAGAUCCCAACA